AUGAGCGACGGCGAGCUCCAUGAAGAGGAGAACCCGACAAACAGUGCCGCAGAUGACGAUGAUGACGAGGAUUAUGAGGAGCCUGGUGGAGGAAAUCACUUCUUGGGGUUUAUGUUCGGCAAUGUAGAUGAUUCUGGUGACUUAGAUGCUGACUAUCUUGAUGAGGAUGCAAAGGAACACCUUUUUGCACUGGCAGAUAAGCUUGGUCCAUCUCUCAAAGACAUUGACCUAAUCAAGUCUUCUCCAGCACCAACUGAUCCUUCUGAACAAGACUAUGAUGAGAAGGCAGAAGAUGCUGUUGAUUAUGAAGAUAUUGAUGAAGAAUAUGAUGGACCUGAAGUUGAAGCAACUACAGAGGAAGACAAUGUGUUGUCAAAAAAGGAUUACUUCUCUUCAUCUACAGUGUAUGCAUCGGUGAAUAGUACAGUUUCAGUGUUUGACGAUGAGAAUUACGAUGAGGAAGAAGAACCACCCAAUGAUAAUGAACCUCCUGGUGAUAGUGCUGCCCAAAAUUUAUCUUCAGUUUCUAUCGAGCAGGCAGAUAUGGCAACCUCAAGCGAUAACCUUGCCAUGGAAAAGAUUGGCUUGUUAUCAUAUCCAGAAGAAGGCAUGGACUUUGAAUAUGAAGAUUUGGAGGAUGGGAACGCGAUCCUGAGGUUCUCUGAAAUUUUUGGUAUCCAAGAGCCUGUAAGAAAAGUGAAAACAGAUCACCACAAACGUCCAGUGAAUAAAGAGCUUCAGAUCACAAAUGUUGCUGACAAUGUUGAAGAAGAUGAGGAACUAAUUCUCCGGAGCACUAUCCAAAAUUUCUCAACUUUGAAGCACAUCCAGAUGAAUGAAGAUUUUGUUGAGAGUGACAGUGAUGAGUCUAUUUCUGAUGUCACUUUAAGGCUAAAGGAUUCAUGUCUUUCAGAACAACCAAUGAAAGAUGCACAUAAGGAUAUUCGUACUGUCCAGCGAUCUCCAAUUUGUCCUGAUUUUUAUCCACUUGAGCAUGAUGAUUGGGAAAAUGAUAUCAUUUGGAACAAUUCACCAGCAACUGAUCAGCAGCCUUAUGCAAAAAUCUGUGAAUCUGAAGAGAGUGUGGACACUCAUGGUGAAGACCAGGGUAAGGAUUAUGGCCAGGUCCCCAGGUGUUGGGAUGUACAGAGUAAAAGCAAUGGUUCCCCAGUAAUUGAAGAGACUUUUGGUUGUACAGAAAUGCCUGCUCCAGAUAACUACUGUUCCCCUGGGAAAAGUUACCCUCCACUGACAAAUGAAGAUAACUUAGAUCACAUAACGCCAAAUAACUUAGAUGAUACAGUUAAAAUUGACACCACGAUGCGUUUAAAUAACCUUAGUUUACUGAACAGGGAAUUAUUAGAAGGAUCAUGGUUGGACAACAUAAUUUGGGAUCCUACUGAGGUUACCCCAAAGCCUAAACUGAUCUUUGACCUCAAAGAUGAUCAUAUGCUUUUUGAGAUCCUAGAUGAAAAGAAUGUGGAUCACCUCCGGUCUCAUGCUCGUGCUAUGAUUGUUAGUCAGUCAACCAAUACUUCAACACCAACAGUUGAUAAUUUUGACAAUCAAGCAAAGACAUUGAGUGGCAGAUUCAACAUCUCCAAUGACAAGUUUUAUUCAAAUAGGAAGACUCCACAGCAAGCUAAAUCUCAUACUAAAAAACGUGCUUUAAUGGGCAUAAAGGUGGUGCAUUCUGCUCCAGCUCAUAAGCUGCAAACCAUGAAGCCAGUAUUGAGCAAUAAGGAAAUUGCAAACUUUCAUAGACCAAGAGCUAAGUGGUACCCACAUGAAAAUAAAAUUGCCGCUCAGUUACAAGAAACUGCUUGUAGCCAUGGGAGGAUGGCUGCUUUACUUAUGUCAUUGGGAGGAAAAGGAGUCAAGAUUUUGGUAAAUGCUGAGGACACUCCGGUCUCUGUCAAAUUAAAAGCAUCAAAGAAGUUCGAAUUGAAGCCUUCCGAGAAGAUCAAAUUGUUCUGUUCUGGGAAAGAGCUUCAGGAUGACAUCUCGUUAGCAAUGCAAAAUGUGCGACCAAACUCCAUUGUGCAUGUUGUUCGCACUGAAGUGUAUCUAUGGCCAAAAGCACAGAAAUUACCUGGUGAGGACAAGCCUCUACGCCCUCCUGGGGCUUUCAGGAAAAAAACUGACUUGUCUAUCAAGGAUGGACAUGUUUUUUUAAUGGAAUAUUGUGAAGAGAGACCUUUGCUUCUCUCGAAUGGAGGAAUGGGAGCCCGUCUCUGUACAUAUUACCAGAAAACUUCCCCUACUGAUCAGACAGCUGCAUCACUGCGAAACAACAGUGAUGGACUGGGCACAGUGCUUGCAAUUGAUCCUUCUGACAAAUCGCCUUUUCUAGGAGAUAUACAUUCUGGGUCCCACCAAUGUUGUCUUGAAACAAACAUGUACAGAUCACCUGUAUUUCCUCAUAAGGUUGCACCAACUGAUUACUUAUUAGUUCGUUCAGCCAAAGGGGUGCUUUCCCUCCGUCGCAUUGACAAGCUAUAUGCUGUUGGCCAACAAGAACCUCAUAUGGAAGUCUUUUCACCAGGGACUAAGAACGUGCAGAAUUAUCUUCUGAACCGAGUUCUUGCAUAUGUUUAUCGUGAGUUUCGUGCUAGAGAGAGGCCUGAUAGUAUUCCUCAGAUUCGAGCUGACGAGUUACCCAUACAAAGUCCUCUGACAGAAGCUAUAAAAGGACCAAAGGGGCAUUUUUUCUGGACACAGAGACCUGAUUUCCGGGUUCCAUCAGAGGAAGAACUGAGGAGAUUAUUGACGCCAGAAAGUGUUUGCUGUUAUGAGAGUAUGCAAGCUGGUCUUUAUCGUCUCAAGCGCUUAGGAAUUCUGAAGCUUACUCAGCCUGUUGGACUGGCUUCUGCUAUGAAUCGGCUUCCUGAUGAGGCUAUUGAGCUUGCUGCUGCAUCACAUAUCGAGAGGGAACUGCAAAUCACUAGCUGGAAUCUUACAAGUAAUUUUGUUGCUUGUACUAAUCAGGACAGAGAAAAUAUAGAAAGAUUAGAAAUCACUGGUGUUGGAGAUCCAUCUGGUCGUGGGUUAGGAUUCAGCUAUGUGCGAGUAGCACCAAAAGCACCUGCCUCCAAUUCAGUGCUCAAGAAGAAGUCAGCUGCUGCAAAGGGUACCACUGUAACUGGGACUGAUGCUGAUCUCCGCAGGCUGAGCAUGGAUGCAGCCCGUGAGUUGCUGCUGAAAUUCGGCGUACCUGAAGAGCAAAUUGAUAAAUUAACAAGGUGGCAUCGGAUUGCUAUGGUGAGGAAGCUUUCAAGUGAACAAGCUGCAUCGGGAAUUACUAUUGACGAAAUUCCUGUUAGUAAGUUUGCACGUGGACAAAGGAUGUCUUUUCUGCAACUUCAGCAGCAAACUAGGGAGAAAUGUCAGGAAAUUUGGGACAGACAAGUUCAGUCACUUUCAGCUAUAGAAGGUGAUGACAAUGGCAGUGACACAGAAGCUAACAGUGAUCUAGACUCAUUUGCUGGGGAUCUUGAGAACUUGCUAGACGCAGAAGAAUUUGAUGAUGAGGAUACUAGUACAGCAGACUUGAGAAUUGACAAAGCAGAUGGAAUGAGAGGACUUAAAAUGAGAAGGUGCUCUUCGCAUGCCCAAAUUAAUGAGGAAAUUGAAGAUGAUGAAACAGAAGCCUCUCUGGCAAAGAAACUACUUGAAGACGAUGGUAAUGAUGUCAAGAGGAAAAAGCAGCCUGCGGAAUUGACAAAUUGUGGCACCUCUAUAGGUGCCAAUAAAAUGAAGCAGAGUAAGACUGGGCAAAUGAUCAAAUCAUCUGGUUAUGCUGGUGCAUUAACCCCAAAGGAGAGCACACCAAGAGAAGGAAAAGAGGUUGAAAAUUCUUUUGCUGAGGGUGGUUUGCCCUCAAAACUAAAACCAAAGAUGGCACUCGAUGUAAAUGAGAUCCUUCUAGUUAAAAAGAAAAGUGUUCUAGGAAAGGAUGGACCUAAGGAGAAGAAACAGGGUGCAAGGGGGGAUACUCUUGUUUGUGGAGCCUGUGGUCAGGUUGGGCAUAUGCGGACUAACAAACUGUGCCCCAAGUAUGGGGAGGAUCCAGAAAUUUCAGAAAUGGAUGCUAAUUCAGUUAAGUCCAACCCUACGGAUAUAAACCAUUUGCAAGCAAAGAUACCUAAAAGAUUGAUACCAAAAGUUUCCUCUGAAGUUACUGAAACUGAAGGGCCAGAAGGUAUUGAAAAGACAAAAUCUGUCCCAGUAAAAUUCAAAGUAGGGGCACCUGAUAAAUCCUUGGAGAGGAACAUGUCACUCUCCGUUUCACUCGUUUCUGAUAAACGUGUCAUGGAUGUUACAGACAGUAGAUCUACUGGAAAGGUAAAUAAGAUAGUGAUACCUAAUAAGAUGAAGUCUGAUGAUUUCCCUCCUGACACUCCAAAGCCAUCUGUUGUAUUUCGGCCUCCUGCUGAAGAAAAGAAUGCACCUCGCAAAAAGAUCACCAUCAAGCAGCCUAAAGGCAUAGACCAGCAAAGACAUGUUGAACCUAGGAGUGGUCAGGAGCCCACCAGAAAGACAAGAAAAAUUGUAGAAUUAUCGAGUUUUGAGGAUAGAAGUAGAGAGGAUGAUCAUUGGUUUGGUGGGGAACCCAGCCAGAUGAAUUCCUCACAUGAGAGGAGGCUGGGUCUGGAAGGAAAAAGAAGCAAAGCCACAAUGCAAAAUGACAGAUCCUGGAGAGAUUUUGAGGAGCAAAGAGAAAUGCCACAACCAAGGCUCUUUGAUGCUACGAUAUAUGCAUCGAGGGAUGAAGACCAUCUAAAGGCAAAAAAGAAAAUAAAGAAAAAGAAAAAACAUGAAUUCAAAGAUGAUGACUUACUUGAUCACAGGCCGUACAGAAAUGACAGAAGGGUUGAGCUCUCCAACAUAUUGGAAAAGAUAGUUGAUCACUUGCGGGGUUUGAGUGGAUCACUGCUAUUUUUAAAACCAGUGACAAAGAAAGAUGCUCCUGAUUACCUUGACUUCAUACAGCACCCAAUGGAUCUUGGUACCAUUAGAGACAAGGUGAGAGAGAUGGUGUACAGAAACCGGGAUGAAUUCAGGCACGAUGUAGCACAGAUACAACUGAACGCACACUUAUACAAUGACGAUCGCCAUCCUCACAUUCCUCCACUCGCUGACGAGCUCAUGGAGGUCUGCGACUACCUGCUUGACCAAAGUGCAGAUCUGCUCACCGAGGCGGAAGAUGCUAUUGAAUAG